AUGGUGAAUGAGGCUUUACUGGGUCAUCAUAUACUUGCCUCAUUAUUCACCUUUUUUUUCUUGACCAAAAUUCGCAAGAGAUUUUCAUUGGUCGAGAUUAUCCUAUGUGACCGGUUACAGCGAUAUUUGCUGCCAUCAAAUGCUAUUUUAAGGCAAGCAUCUCAAUCCCGUUCAGUGAAAAAUCGAAAGCGUAAGCAUCCACGCGAUGAAGAAUCUGAUGCUUUGAUAUUGAAAAAGAUAGAUUUGAAUUUGAUGACAAUUCCGGUGAAUAUCGCUGAUUUGCAACGUUUGCAGUUUUAUGAAACAUUUAUUUGGUCUGCUGACUUUCUUGGCUUUACUUUAGUAUCUUACGUUAUAAGCGAAUUCAUAUGCUUUAUCUUUCCAAACAAUACAGAUUUUAAUAUUUCCAUCAUAUGGUUACUCUUUUCGGUAUUUUUCCUACUCCAGGCACUGACUUUAAUAGCAGCCACAUACUUUACAAGUAAUGUUGCCAUCGGAGAAAGAAAUUUGGUUAUUUCGAUAGCGUUUUUGUUUUUCUUGUUCUCAUUAAUGUUAAUUAUGUUCGCGGAGCGUCUCUUUGAUACGCCCGUGAAUAAAGCAUUUGAUUCGCUGAAAAAUGCAACGACAAAAUUUAUGGCAGAAAGCCGAGUUCCAGAUUCCAUGUCCCAACAUUCGCCACUUCUCUUCUUUAUCUCUUUGGCCAUCAUGUUGGCAUUUUUUGCUGCUCUGCUUGUUUUUCCUGGUUUUAGAUAUGCACGCAUGUAUUCCGACGUUGUUAAAAGUGCUGAACGACCAUUUGAUAAGAUGUUAUAUCAUUUUACUUUUAUGUCACAGUUUCUAGCAUUAUUUUUAUAUUCUCAUCCUGCAAAAAACAUUCUGGUUUAUGGACCUAAACGACUGCUGAGUGAAUCUCAGAUGGACAUAAUGCGUAUAUACAUCGUUAUUCUAACUGCAGUAUUACGCCUUUUUCUCUAUCGGCCUCAUUUGCAAUCAUUUCUAGAUCAGUCUCUGAUCGCCCUUUCCAAAAUCCACCGCGAAAGUGGUUGGAUCAAGACAUCAGUGCUGCAAAUGAAGGUGCAGCGUUAUUUCUAUUUUUUCAAUAUUGCUGCGUUGCACUAUUUUGUACCACCUCUUCUACCAGUGCUUUAUGCUCUAAUAUUGAAAACAACAUGCGGUAUUUCAUGGACUGGAAUGAAUGACGAAGCUGCUCAUUCACAAAUGCUGUCUACGAUUCCUACAGGUUCAUUACGAGCGCUACUAAAUGCCACCGUGCACCGAGGACUUUGGUCAAUCUUAAUUGUUGCAUCACUUAGCACUAAUGCAGCUUUCUCUCUAAUGGGUCUUGUUUAUGUUCACCGUUUCGAAUGGUCAUAA